AUGGAGGCCAUGACAUACAUUCGAGAGUCCACGUUGCUGGCAGCAUGCCCCGUACCAGCUGGCCCAAGCACAUUCCCCUUCUCCUCUUUUGAAACAUACGAUACUACAGCACCGCAGCCGUGCACCAGGUUCGCACACGGGAACAUUCAAUGUGAGACCUCCUCGUCUAGCGGGAAGUAUCGUGCUCCACGCACGAUACCGGAAAACACGUCUCGUCAUAUUCUUCUGUCUAAUGACGUUUUCAAUUCUAUCAAUUCCCCCGAUGGUCAGACUUUCCAGAUCCCUGGCCUCGUUAAGACCACUCCUGCGGCACAGCUCAGUGAGACAAUAGUACAUCCUCAGGCUCAGUAUGAAUCGCCACAAGUGCCCUAUCAAGUAUCCUCCCUUUCUCGUCUUAGCGGAUAA